UUUAGUUUGGUCACGUUAACUACGGUCAUAAGUUCGGACAUGUUUCAUACGGUGGAAGACGCCAACCAUAAUAUCUACUAUUUGUCGUGAAACCCGACACAAAUGGGCRUCAAGUAUUUUUACUCGCUGUCCGCGGUUGCUUGUUUCACGGUGGUGUGCGUCAGAUGUGAUUUGUCGUCGUCGUCGGUCGAAGAGGAAACAGCAGCCGCGUCUUACGAGGAAACGAAAAAGUCGCUAUACAACGAUGACAGUGCUUUGGAGGCGACGCACGUGGAUCGCGGCUCUAGCGACCGACAGCUGAAGCGGUUCAUAGUUCCGGUCAGUACUUCGGAUCUAGGGCUCGAGACCUCCAGUUCCAGACCAUACUUCAUGCACCAACAUCUACAGCACUACAAACACCCCCGGAACCAGCAGCCGCAGCAGCAGCAGCAGCAACAUCACCACCACCAACACCAACACCCGCAGCACCAACAGCAAUUGCAACAUAAUCAGCAACAACUGCCACAGCAGCAGCAGCAGCAGCAGCAUUCCCCGCAGUCGCAGCCACAGCACCAUUCACAUCAGUACUACCACCAAGGUCGGGGACAGGGAGCUGUCGAUCAUUUCGGGUUCGGGCCUUCGUCUUCGGGAAGCUCUGGCGGGAGUGGAGGUGGUGGCUAUACAGAUCAGUCAGAUAAUUUCUACCAGUCAUUGGGAGGUGGAGGCGGAGGUGGAGGUGGCAGUGAAAACAUCAACUUUGACACUACCGGAUUCACAGACUUUGUGCCGUCCGUUGAGUUCCGGUCAACCGGCGCGCCGACCAUGCCAUCACCUUCGUCGCCAUUCUCCACUUCGCCACAACACCAAUCGUCGUCGCCGUUUACCGGACCGUCGGCGCAACUCCAUCACUCGUCUCUAUUCGACGGUGGUUCGAGUGGCGGUCACCAGCAGCACAUGACGCCGUCGUUUGAUCCGACUGGUUUCGGCCAAGACUCCCCUUUGGCCGGUUAUGGAGGCGGCGGUGGUGGUGGUGCUGGUGCUGGYGGUGGUGGUGGAGCUUCGGGUUACGGUUCAGGCGGUUACGAUUAUGCACCGCACAACCUGGCUCCAGUCAUUCACAAGUCGAUAUACGUGCAUGUGGCACCUCCCGAUGACGAUCCGCCACGAAAACAACGCGUAAUCCUGCCCAACGUGCCGCCCAAGAAGAACUAUCAGAUAGUGUUCAUAAAGUCACCCACCGCGCCAUCACCCACCGCACCCAUCAUACCACCGCCGCCGCCACAGCCCGCGGACAAGACGCUCAUCUACGUGCUCCACCCCAAGCAGGAAGAAGCGCCGCCCAUACACAUACCGCCACCGCCGGUCACGCAGCCGCUCAAGCCCGAAGUCUACUUUAUCAAGUACAAGAAUCGCGAAGAGCCGCACGGCGGUGGUGGCGGAGAUUACGGAGCCGGGCACGGUGGUGGCGGGGUGGGUGGCGUUCUGCCAUCGCCGGGCGAAGAGUUUGGCGGCGGAGGCGGCGGCGGAGGUGACACUUCCGGAUACGUGCACCGAAGGUACGGACGAGGAGACCAGCAGACGCCGACACCGCCGUCGACCGCCGCAGCAGCUGUCUCCACCAUCGCCGAAGCUGCCUCCACCGAACACUACGACGACGGCGAUGGUAUUAUGACGCCGGAACAACGGGAACUAAUCGAGGCUGAGGUGACAUCUGAAGCCGCCACCGCCGCAGCCUCCAUGUCCGGCGCAGUAGACUUAGAUCCAGAGACGUCCGACGAAAGCGCCGACGAACUGAUGCUCCGGGGCGGUUACAGUACAGAGUACAACGACGCGUCCGUCGACAGCACAAAUCUAAGCGAGACUCACGUCCAGCUGUCCACCACAGCACCCAAAGGCAAAAACGGCCAUUGAUGUAUACUAUAAUUAUAUAUUAUUUUAGUUCAUUCGUGUAAUCGCGUAUACCAUAGGUUAGGUUAACUAAUAAUAAUAUAAAUAACAUGUCCUCAACUGUAAAAUAUAUAAAAUGCAUUAUCAUAAUAAUCGUGUAAGAUAGGUAUCGUAUUUUGAUAUACCUAACGAGUUUUCUGUAUUCAAUUUGAUGUGUAAAAAUAUAUUACGAUAUUGUAAUAUUGUACCUUACUAUACGUACUGUUAUUAUCAAUAUAGUUAUGAUGAGUUUUUAUCGAAGCCAUUUUUGUAAGUAUUAUUUACGUCUUUAAAAUAAGUAUCUGCCUACGUCAAACUGAAGAUAAAAAUGAACAUAUUACAACUAGUUCCCUGUAUGGCGGUAAACAAUAAUGUGUAUGAAUAUUUCAAUACGCAGUGCUCUCAUAAGUUAUAAAAAAUGAUUUAUGCAUCGUCGUGACAGAGCGUGUUGAAAACGGUUUAAGGAAUAAUAAUAUUUUACUGCCUACUUACCUGCAAAGUUU